AUGUACCAUGUUUAUAGCCUAUGGUACAAACAACCUUUUGUAAAACCUCACCAAAACCCCUUUCCAAACCCUAACAUCAGUGCAAAGCUUUUGUGCUUCAUCUGCAAUGGCUUCUCGCUGUCGUGCAUUCUCAAGACCAGCAAUUAACUUUGUCAAAUCCACAAUGAACAAACAAUCAAGCAUACCCACUUCCUCUUUUAACAUUCCUCGCCCAUUUCCAACACUCUCAAGGCCAUUGCCUCAAAUGGGUUGUCUUCAAUCUCUGCUGCCGCUCCACACUGCUGUCUCUUCAGCUCGACUCACAUCUUGCCUUGGUAUUGAUUCCAAGGGCUCCAGAUCGUUGUCUCAGGAGUUAGGACUCUCAGUGCCUCGAUAAGAGACUAUUGCUCAAGGAAGAAGAAGGUUGUUUAAUUGACAGUCACAAAUUUCUUAUUAGCUGAUGUCCUUCCAAAAUUUUCUGCAACAUCUGUUCUUAAUCAUGUAUGAUAGUGACAGCAUGCAACUUCUGACUUUUGCCUCAAUUGCCCUGAUUUUUUAUCGUUAUUUUGUAAGAUAUUGUCCCUCGAUUCGUUUAGAAACAAUUUUGAAGUAAUAAUGUUUGUACUCGUGCCAUACUGCUCAAGCUGACAUCGUUAAAGCAGUCUUACCAUGAGCCCAUCUCUUCUUUUAUUAAUCCAUUUUAGUUGCAUUGUUUGUCA